AUGAGUAGGGAUAAUAAGGUUAGAACGUGGUUUCGUGCCAUUCAGAGCGGUGACAUAAGCGAGGUAGAGCGCCUCCUACCUGAGUGUGCAGGUGUUUGUGGUGAUUUUGGUGAAACGGGCUUACAAUAUGCUGUGCAAAUGAAAAAUGCUGAGAUUGUGCGGCUCCUAAUAGACUAUGAAGUGGGGAUGGUAAAUAAUGAGGGUUGUACAGCUCUCAUCAUGGCUGCGCUGAAUAACUCAGCGGAUUUGUGUAGCCUCUUAGCUCCCCUCGAAGCAGACAUAAUUUUACCGGACAAACGUGAUGCUUAUAUGAUUGCAGCCCAGGUGGGUAGCUAUGACGCCCUUGUCACACUGCGACAUUACUUUUCUCUAGUGACGGACGACCACGACUUGAAUGCACUUGACUACGCUUCUAUGACAGGAAAUUUAAGAUGUGUCGUUGAAAUAGUAACUCAGUAUAAACCGUCGAAGCAAGAGCGCAUCUAUAGUCGUACGCUUGCGGAAACCGAGGGCCAUCAUGCCGUUGUGCGAUACUUUGACACAGGAGAUGUUGAUCCACAAGCUUGUGGAACUGGUAAGGACACAGAUGGGCCUGCUCUAACCACAGAGUUCACCAUGCAGUCUUUAAUGUUGCCCGCUCAAGGUGUUCAAAGUCCUAGGGUGGCUUUGGAUGACCUGGAUUAUAGUACCAUAACGGUAGAGCGUCAAAGGAGUGUACCGGACAGUGCUUCUGAUCCAGAAUUUGAUGAGACUAUCAAUGCUAUUGCGAAGUUGGUUGAUAAAGCCCCAACCCCAGAUGCAAAUUUAGCUAGCCAAAUACCUGAGCAAACUCCAACGCGAAAGAAAGCUACUAAAGAUAAAGGGCUUACUAAGGCACUAAAAGCAGAUAAGAAACAAAAGCAAAAGCAUGCACAUGACUCAAAGUUCGUAAGCGCAAAGCCUUCUGAACUGCAAGGGCAACCAGAUCAUCAAGAGAUAAAUCCCUUGCUUAUGGAGAGGAGCCGUGAUGAAAUUCCUGAAGGGUUUCUUUCGGUCCAAUCACAACUGGCAUCUAAGGAUUCAUUUCCAUAUGAGCUACUGAAAACAAAUCAACGAUCUAAAUCUGGCAUGUGUGGAAGCAAGAUUGGUAGAAAAGGGGGACUUACACACUCUUCUAGUGCAAUUCUCCCCCUCCUUGAACGCAAGGAUACUGAGAUACGCUAUCUGCAAAGCCAAUUAGAAGCUUUGACUCUGCGGCGCUCUACCCUAAUGACGGAUAGCUUUGCCAUGAUCGAUGCCUGCACAUCUUGUUAUUCAGAACACACCUGCUUUUCUAAAGUAAUUUCUGAUGGUUUACUCACUUCAAAGAACGAGUUUAUCGACCGGCUUAUUGAUCUCUGUGUAUCUCUGGUUCCAGACUCUGCGAGCAGAAGGGUUGAUGCUUGUGUGGAGACGGAUCUGAUUAGUACUAUGGCACUCCCUGAAGCUUCCACUCAAAGAGUCAUCCAAAGUAAGGUGCCACACGAGAUGUUAGAAGAUUGUAGCUAUGGCUCCCUUUUACGAACAAAGGAUUUGGAGAUUGACCGGCUACAGAAGCUUCUGUUUGAAGUUGACAUUAAGCCACAAUCUCAGAGCAAGCGAGAAGCCAAGUUAUGCAAAGAACUGGAUGCAAAAAUUCUAAAAGAAGUUGAACUUAUAGGGCUCAUUGACGAGGUCACACAGGAAAUUAAGACCCUAAGAGAUAAAAUAGUAAUACAUAAAAAGGUUCUUGUCGACAUUCAGCAGCAGGGAUUCAUUUCUGAUAGAAGGACCGAACGAGAUAUCCGGCUUGAAGACUUGUUCGAUCAGACCUUACGGUCGUGCGAUGUAAUCAGAGAGAUAAAGCAGCAAAUGACAGCCUUCAAAGCGGAGUUUUCUGGCUACACUGCCCAAACUGAGCUUCUUGCACGGACGCUUUUUAAUGAGAGCGGAACAAACGAUCUCAAUAAGAGCUUGAAGAGGAGCUCCAGCUGCUCAAAAAUCAAUCCAAUGAGUGGGACAGGGAGGAUCCCCGUUCCUAAUCCGCCCAAUCCUCCACUCUCAGUAACUCUUCAUCCUCCUACCAGAUCCUCAUCUCUUGCCACUCUCCAGCCUUUAAAACCUCCACUAAAACCUGCUGACUACUCAGGCUUGCUCCACGCAAAAGAUUCUUGUAUUGAGAGGCUUGUUGCAUUAUUAUAUGUGUCCCCCAAUACUCUCUAUCCACAGCUCGUACAGUCCCCUUGUUCUACCAAGACUACAGAAGAGCAAGCAACGAGACAACAGCACGAAGAGAUGCUCGCACAAAAGGACCAAGUCAUUAAUGACCUCCGGCGAGAGCUAGAGGCCCUUCUUAAAUCUGUCUCGGCAGAGACAGUUAGCUCCAAGAAAAAGGCCUUCUCACAUGUUCAAAAACCACCAGAUAUGAUAAUAGGAGACUUACUAAAUGUUUCUGACAGCACAGAGGACAACAAUGAAGACCAAAAGUAUUAUGUGGAAGCACUGGCUAAGCUCGAACUUGAACAUGCAGCUAUGCAAAUGGAAAUAGACACCAUGACCAAAACAAUCGCUGAAAGAGAUAACGCAAUUAUGUUCUUUGCAGACCAUUAUACUAAAAAGAUCAAUAAAGGUAACAUCACGACUGAGACAGCUAAACUUAUAAAAGUCUUGGAGCUAGAAGUCACUGCACUCAAGUCCCAGCUGCAGACAGCUACACAAGAGCUCACCUUUUUCCGCAAUGAGCUAAAAGCAACAACUAGAUCUAAAACCCCUACAGUAAUAACAAUGGCAUCAGCAAGGCCCUCUGAGAGCUCUCAGACAAGGUUAGGACAGGAAACAGACACGCUCCUUCCAAUAAUUAUUCCCUCUGUACCUCCCCGAAGGCCGUCGUUGGCACAGCAACUACCGCAAUCCGAUGAGUCGAGCAAAAGCACUAGGGCGCCUUCUCCGACAAGAAAUGCAUCGUUACUGCGCCAAACAAUAACCAGAGCAAAGAGUCGCACUGCUAGUAGAACACUGCAACUAAAAAGUCAGUGCACAGAGCGCACUGGACUCACAAAACUCAUGCAAGCUGUAGUCGAUGGGGACGCCCGUGCGAUAGGUAUGCAUCUUAGUCUACUCUGUUUAGUUACUGAUGACGGCCUAAGCGCACUCAUGUUUGCAGCAAUCUAUAAUAGGCUAUUUGCAGUGGAAUAUCUAAUUCAUGGAGAGGCCGGUCUUGUAGACAGCAGUGGAAAGACCGCACUUGUUCACGCACUGGAGAAAGGACACAUACGUAUCGCCGAAAUCUUGGCACCUUAUGAGUGCCCAGAUGUGACUAACGUAGACAUCACAAACACAGGUUCUAGAACCACCGAGCUCAUGCAAGCUGUGGUAAGUGGUGAUCUAGCCCGUGCAUGGGCCCUAUUACCAAUACAGCACGGGGUUCGGGAUAAGCACGGUAAGACAGCGCUUAUUUUAGCGAUCGAGUUACGUAAGCCUGCAUUUGUUAGGAUUUUGCUUCCACUAGAGCAUACACUCUGUUUAGAAAAUGGCAGUUCACCUCUGGAUGCAAUCAUGUCAUUGAAAGGCUCAGAUGCAAGUGUCUGUGAAAUACAACGUGUUGCGGCUGAAUACUUCGGAUUUUAG